AUGAGACCAGCACUUCUACUAGCCGUCGGCUUUGCGACGGUUUUCGCUCGACACGUCGACCUACCAGCACCAUACACCGAUUUCUGUAUUCUUAAGAAUAACACGAAUCUCUACGAUCCACAAAAACAGUUCGACAUUCCAUGGUUCAACGUUAACCUUGAUCUGCCACCGAAGCAGCGAUGGACUGAGAUCUCAAAAGCAUACACUUCACAAAUAGAGAACCUCAUUGGGGUACUCAUCAAUCUUAUUGAACCUGUCGUUCCUAAUGUUCUCGAAUGGGUCGAUCUACUGUUUGGAGACCUGGAAGAACGACUUCCUCAACCAUAUAAGGACGAGAUACAAUCGAUAGCUGACGACACAGGCAUCCCCGUUGGGCAGAUUGUCAUUUACAAUAUCUUCUAUGAAAUUUUCACCGUAUGCACUUCGAUUAUUGCCCAAGAUUCGAACGGUCACAUCAUCCAUGCAAGAAAUCUCGACUUUGGUCUUUUCCUCGGAUGGGAUCCGGUUAAUCAUGAAUGGGAAAUUUCAAGUGCAUUAAGGAAGAUGAUCAUCAAUGUCAAUUGGAUUAAAGAUGGUAAAAUCCUUUACAAAUCAAACAACUUUGCCGGUUACGUUGGAAUAUACAAUGGAAUGAAGAAGGGUGCCUUCUCUAUUACUGCGAACGAGAGAUUCCAAGCAGCUGGAGGAUAUGUGGGCAUGUACCGUUGGAUGACAGGACUUGAACCAAAUGGCAAAUGGAUGUCGUGGUUGACAAGGGAAACGCUCGAACAAUUCGAUACAUACGCCGAUGCUAAAGCUCAUCUGAUGACAACCCCAAUGCUCUCACCAGUUUACUACAUUCUCGGCGGUUUGAACCCAUGGGAGGGUUCCAUCAUCACUCGUAGUCUUAAUGGUACUGAUCUGCUAACCGAACUCGAUCCUAACAACAAGAAGACCGGAUGGUAUCUGGUGGAGACUAACUACGACCAGGACAAGCCCGUUCUUUAUCUCGAUGAUCGUCGGACACCCGGCAACAACUGUAUGCAAAUGCUCGGGCAGAAUAAUGUGAACUUCCAGGGUAUUUUCAACGUUCUGUCGUCACGUACUAAUCUCAACAAGCUAACGACCUACACUGUACUGAUGGAAGUAGAAACUGGAAGAUUCGAAACAAUCAUGCAGUCUUGUCCUGGCUAUUGUUGGGCAUUCUAA